AAAAAUAUGUACAUUAAGAAAAAGUAUCAAGAGCUACUGAAGUACAAGGAGUCCGAUGAAUGCCUAAACGAUUUGUUACAAAGAAAUUCUGUCAAAUUAAUUACAAUCGAUAUAGAUGGAACCCUAGCAGAUGACGAUAGUAAAAUAAGUGAUGAAAAUUUAAGUGCUAUUAAGAUUGCCAAGCGAUUAGGUAUUAAGGUCAUUCUUGCAACAGGGAAAUUGCAUCACAUUGCGAUGAGGAUGUUCACAAAGAAGCAGAAGGAUAUUUACGAAAUAGAAAAAAUGGAUGGAGUGUAUUCACAUGGAGCUUACCUCAACAUCAGAGGAGUCAAUUAUGUAUACAGAAAAUUUAACAUGAUUGAUAUCGAGUUUAUUUUAUUCGCUUUGUCAUCACAUAAUGUUUUAAAAAAUGCCAUUUUUGUAACACCUACUGAUGUGUACGUGUUUAAUGACGAUCCAGAAUUUAAGAAGAAGUAUGCAAUUUACGAAUCGGGAGUUGAUGUACCUGUGAAUGGACCUGCUGUCAAGUCUUUGGACAAACGGUAUAAUGCAGUUUUGCUUACCAAUAUCAAGGAUAUCCUUAUGAUUGGUGAUAUCGUUUCCAUAGAAAUUUUUGAGAAAAUUUAUCCUGAACAGGAACCAUUUAAGGAAUUACAUACAGAAUUAUUUCCCGAGUUGGAGAGUAGAUUUAAG